AUGUGCUGCACUUCGUUCCUCGAGGGCUGGGGAGGCCCGGAGUCUAGAGCACCGGGCAGCCCGCGAGAGACGAUCGGGUCAAUCCUCGGUUCAUUCUUGCAAUUCUUCCCAGUCUCAUUCCCCACCAAAUGGAGGCGGCAGAAACCAACGUCAUCGUCCGCCCACUCAUGGGCUGGAGGGGCGAGUCUGGCAUUGUCUAAGGGACCGUGCCCCGAGGACAGCUUCCUCCCCACAAGGCAUGGUCAAUGA